AUGGCCGGGGCAGCUGCCUGGGGGAUCUUAUUGUCGCACUUUGAAGACCGCAUGCAUGAAAACCCCAACCAAGCUAACCAGGCAUAUGGUUGGCAUUUUCAAUAUCUGACCGUGAUUGGCCUGUCGUUGUCAACGCUCACUUUUGGGGUUGCACUACUAGCGGAUAUUACCUCGUCCCGGCGACUGUUCCUGAUCAAAAAUCUCCUAUCAGUAUGCAGUGCCCCCCUUGAGGUUGUUAUUAGUGUCUUGUACUGGGGUCUUCGCGUGAUUGAUGAGCGUUUGGUGAUUCCCCCGGACAUUUUCAUUCCCCUUCAUGCCGACAUCAGCUUCCACGCAACCCCGUCGGUGGUGAUGUUGAUUGACUUACUACUCCUAUCCCCACCAUGGACAAUCACUGCACUCCCGGCACUGAUGUUAUCUGGCGCUAUCGCCUUCGGCUACUGGUUCUGGAUUGAGCAAUGCUUUUCCCAAAAUGGAUGGUACCCAUAUCCUAUCUUCGAAGCAUUACCCACAUCCGGUCGUAUUGGCCUAUUCACUGCUAGUGCGGUUGUGAUGGCUCUGAGCACCAUUACUCUCAAGUGGCUGCACGGACGCGUUAAUGGAUUCGAUAACCCCAUGAAGCCGGAAUCCCGCUCAGGCGAUAUGAAGCGAAAGGGUGGGCUUUAG